GCUUGUCUCUCUUGCCUAUUUUCAUAUGUGCUUAUAUAGUGGGCUGUGACAAAACUACUCUAGAAAGUAAAAGCUCUUCCUCAAGGAAAUUUUUGGCGAAGAGCAUUUUAAUUUUAUUCUAUAAUGCUUAACUGUGUGUAUCAGAGGAAUUAAUUGGAAUACGUGAAAUCAUUCCUGCAACUCAUGGUGCAAUGCUGCAGUGACUCAGACCAAUACGCACCAAUACCUACUCAGGGACUGAAAGGCGGUCGGACUGGGCCGGACCAUAUGAUCACUGACGUCAAGGAAUGACUGGUGCUGCCAUGGUGCUACACUCAGCUGUAUGUUGAAACCGUGAUAUUACUUUAAGGAACAUUUAGGGAAAAGGAAAGUGUAGUGAAAUGCCCUGAAUUGGAGGACCAGUCAAUUUCGUUCCAGAAGCAAACAGCUUUCAGGUGACCUCAUUUCUACAACUUCCAAAAUGGCAUCUUGUCCAAUUUAUAAUGUGGUGGUGCCUUAUAUAGGACCUGUUGACAAUGGAUUUUACCCUGGGAGAAUGGUUCGCAUACAUGGGACAAUCUUCCCAACAGCAAAUAGAUUUGGCAUUAAUUUGCAAUGUGGCCCUAAUACUGUACCAAGAGAUGAUAUUGCUCUUCACAUUUCUUGCCGUUUUCCUGAAAAUACGAUUGUCCGCAAUUCUCUUCAGAAUAUGAAUUGGGGACCAGAGGAAACAUUUGGUCACAUGCCUCUUGCCAGGGGUCAAGGCUUUGAAAUUAUUGUUCUCUGUGAUCCUGAUCAUUACAAGAUUGCAGUUAAUGGACAGCAUUUCACAGAAUACAUCCAUCGAAUACCAUACCAGCGUGUCAGUCACUUGACUAUUGACGGUGAUGUUACCAUUGCCAUGAUCUCCUAUGAAGGCAGUGCAGCACCUGGGUCUGGUUUUAUGCCAGGUCCUCCUGUUGCUCCUGGCUACGUUGCUCCUCCCAUUCCUCAUGGUUCUGUGCCUUAUCCUCCCAUGCCUAAUGCAUGUCCUUCAGGUCCUUACCCACCAGCUCCAGCACCAUAUUCUGCCCCAUAUGCUCCUGGACCAUAUCCACCACCUGCAGCUGGUCCUUAUCCUCCACAACCUGGUUAUGGUUACCAACAGCCCUACGGACAACCAUACCCUGCUGGAUCAGCCUUUCCGCCACCGCCUCCAGGUCAUAAUCAAACAAGUCAUAAGAGUGGUGGAGGCAUUUUGGAUAAGGCACAAUCUGCAAUAUCAAGUGUUCUUGGACCUGUAAGUAAAUGUGUCCUUGGACAAUAUCUUUGUACAGCUCUGGGAGCUGGUUUAGCUGGAGCUGCUCUUUCAGGGCAUCUCAGUCCUAAGAAGGCGUACAAACAUCAAAAGAAGUCCCAUAAGAAAGCCCUGAAAUAUGGUCUUCCAAUUGCUGGUGUGGGCCUCGGAGCCUAUGCUUUGCACAAAGGCUUCCACCGAAGAAGUUCAUCAAGCUCAUCUUCAAGUAGUGAGGAAGAGUAAACAUUGUGUGGUUUAUCAGUUUCUUCCAGAUCAAUGAAUCUCAAUACCACUGUCAGUAACUGGCUUUGCUGUUGACUUGUAUACAAAGUAUAUUAAACAGUAGAACACUAGUUAUGCUGUAUGCCCAGGAGUAUUUUUCUCACAAGUUUUAUCGUGAAAAAUUAUUUAUAAAAAUUUACUAAAUUGCAUUGUUUAAAACACUUUUUGCUUAAUCGUCCAUUACUUUUUCAAGAAAUAUUUACUCCUAUGCUUACGAAACGAAUGAAAAAGUUCAAUAAUGUGUUUAAAAAUUUAAAAAGGCUGUGAAAUAAAAUUUCAUGUUAACAGGAAGGAAAGAUAGACAGGGAAAUGGAAUGUAUUUUUUAUACACUUUUUUAGUUUUUUGUUAAUUAUUAAAAUAAGUUUCAAAAACUGUGAACAAUGUACAAAAUGGUACAUAUCCUACUGCAAAUGAAAAGGAAAAAUAAUCCUGCAUUCAUUUUUACGCAUCUAUUUAAAAAACUCAAACUACAGAAAAAUGUCAUUUUUUAAAGGAAUUCAGGUUAUUUAUUAUUAUUGCUAACACAGUGGUCAGGAGUGGCCUUAGCCUACAUGGGAUCAUGCUGGUUUGUUUAACACAUCAAAAGUACAUUCUAUGGACCCUGUACUUACAGGAAUUCCAAUACUGAUUUUGUUUGACUAUCUUAUCUACCUAUACUAAUAAAAGUGAAUUCAAUGACAUGUGACCGACAUCAAUACCACUGAAAGUAGUAUAUGAAUAGAUACAUUUUUAAGGCUCUUCUUCUGGAUUAUCACAGUGUCCUUGCAAAGUUUGGUAAAGAUUAAUGCAACACAAAUACGAAAAAUAAAUAAUUUAAAUAAUAUGUUUGUAGACGCACUACAAUCAUUGUUUUUCGCCUAUUAUUCGCUAAGAGCAGAUGGUAAAAUUUGAACCAACGUCAUUAAAAAUAAUAAUCUUAUGCACCUUGGUUUUAAACAAAAUGGAUCUUUUUCCUCUUUUACAAGAAUUGGAUAAGAAGAAAGUCUGGGCAAUGGCAAUUAUUUUGCUAGUUAUUUAUGCAGCAAGAGUUACAAUUUGCUCAAAACUAAAUAUCAAAAUUUUAAGACACAUUACUAUUUUAUGAAAUAUUCAAUCAAAUCAGAAAAGAGGGCACACUCGUAGAUUGCUUUCACGAUCUCUGACUUUUAUUAGUUAUCAGAUUCCAUCAGAACAACACUUUUCCUUGUGUUGUGAUACUGUCAUGGUGUUUAGUCGCACCAAGAAGACAAUCCACAUAUACCUAGUAAUUCUCAAAUGGACUUAUAAGAAACUUAAGAUUUGAUUUGAUAAGUGAAAUUGCAACUGUAAGCAUGGUAUAGUCAUGAUUACAAUAAAUGUACGCUACACUAAAAAAUGAAAUUUGUUACACUUUACCACCACUAUCAUUAUCUUCUAAAGGUCACUCCUGAUACUAAAAAAAUCUAAACAAAUCGUUUGUACUUUUAUUAUCUUUGUAAUCAGAUGUAGAUUUCAUCUAAUGUUCUCAACAUACUAAAGCAUGGAAACAACAAAUUUUACAGUCCAAAUGCAGUGGAUAAAAUUCAAAAUAAAUGCAGGUGUUGAAUGACUGAUCAUUAAUUUCUUGUAGAAUGAGAAAUAUUUUAUUGAUUUGUUAUUGUUACAGUUAUUGUAUAAA